AUGAAUGCCCUCUUGCCUCCAUCUCUAGAAAAGCUCUGCUUCGUGGCUCCACCCAACCCAGUCCUCAAAAAUGCCACCACAAAUUUUUCGGCUGCAGAUACCUGCAGGCAGAGCGUCCCCCAGAACUUCGCCCAGUACUACUACCCCUACAUCACCGAGAAGGGCACCCUGACCUGCCUCACCAGGUGCUCCCAGGACCUGCCAGAUUUCCUGAACUGCAACUAUGGGCAGUGCCAGCUGAAGAUCUCCGGGCCCCAGUGCGCCUGUGCCAACAUGGAUGUGUUCUGGUACCCGGACGAUCGCUGCCAAACCCGUGUCAGUAAGGUGGGCGUGGGCAUGGCUGUUCCCCUGGUCAUCCUGUUCAUUGCCGGCAUUGUCCUCGCCGCCUUCCUGGUCAGAGCCAGGAAUGGGGGGUCCAAAGCCAGCCUGGACAGCUCUGUUGAGCAGCCAGAGGAUUACGAGGAGGAAAUGAGCAUCUCUGGGGGCAUCAUCAUCAAGAACGACGGAGCCUCGUACAAUGGGAGCGGCAGCAGAGGGACCUUCAGCCCUCAUCUCUCGGCCGUGGACCCCGCCAUCCCAAUGCACAUCCGGAGGCCGAAGCUCGUGAGCAGCCCCUGACCCAGUCGCGGCCCCGCCCGGGCGGUGCGAGGGGGCCCCGUUCAGGGCACUGUGAAUAGCCCAGGCCCAGUCCAGCCGCCAGGCCCCAUGGAUCUAGGGCCCCCACCCCUAGGGGAAGGGGGCAGAAUCGGUUGAUAGAGCAGCUGCUGGAGAUGGAGAGGGAAGGGGCCUGUACGUGCGUCCUCCCCCCCUCUGGCCCCGGUGUAAAUCUGGCAUAACCCACUGACGCUGCUGUCAUUACCUCCAUGUGAAGGAACAGUUCAUGCGCCUUGCGGGGGACACGUCGGAUUCCGCACCCAUCCCACCCGCUCUGUUUAGUGCAAUAGGAUAUUUGGGCACAGCAGCCAGGCCAUGUCUACAAAGCACUUUAACCCAAACCUGCUCAAAUGGGCCCCCCCUGCAAUAAAUUAUUAACCUUUUUCGUGGUGGUAGUAUUAUUUGUAGCAGUAGCCGCAGCCGUAGCAGAAGCUAAUGCCAUCCUGGGAUACAUAAAUGGGGGAAUGUCAAAUAGGGGCAGAGAGGUGAUUUUUGUGACACUCUGUACCUCAUGGGAACACCCAGCACCCCCUGUUCAUCCUUGUAAAAUGAUUCUGUGGUGUCCAGUGCAAAGUUUGUCAUGUCUGGUGUCUUUGGAAGGCUCGUGAUUCACUGAACAUCGUUAUUAUAGUAAUGUUAUAGGUUAUAAUUUCAUGUAUAUAGUUCUAAGGGUGAAAACGUGUCCUCAUGGCUUAAAACAAGCCCAGGCAAAAACUCUCCAGGAGCAGAGGGGCAGUUCACACCUCAUCAGGGCACGUAUGGGACAAACCCAGCCCAGCCUCACAGGAACAAAGGACACUGGCCUAGGCAGCAACAAAGGAUAUGUUGGAUUCUGAGUGAAUCAUGCCCCUUCCCUUGGUCAGUUUGGGACUGCAAUGAGGUAAUGCUCACCUGACUCUGAAGGGGAGGCAAAGCCAAGAGGGAAGAAAGGACAUGAUAAAAGGGAGAGACGUUUGUCAUGCUCUCUCUCUUCCACCUACAUCUACAGACAUCACCACCAAGUGACUGAAGCGUUGAUCAAAGGGGAGAGCCUGGCUGAAGGGCAACCAGCCAGUCUCUGGUGAGAAGCAUCUAAGUUUGUAAGGGCAUUGAAGUGUUAAGAUCAGCUUAGAAUGUGUUUUG